CUGCGUCUUAAAAUUCAUCGCCCGUGCAAAAGCGUAACACUCGGCGAGUAAGAUGUUUCACAACAGCAGAUAUCGUUUGACGGUUCACCCAACUCGGGUUGUCUGCUCCCUGUGCUCCCUGCCCGGGAAUCGCCGCAUACCCCUUCGGCCCUAUUGUGUUUACCCGGGGGAACUGUGCCCUGAUUCCCAUUUGGAGUUUCCCAUGAAUCCUGUGCUGACUUUGCAUUCACCCUCGUACAGCCUCGCGGCGGACUCCUUCAAUGAAAUGCGUGUGUCUUCUCGUCACUUCCAGCCGUCGACCACCGACACAGAACAAGUGCAAAUUGCAAGGGAAAUCAACAGGGAAGCCAAUAAUUCCAACAGUGGUAGGCUCAAAUUUAUUAAUUUUAAAAAUUAGUUCCUGCCCGUAUGUCUAAUUUUACGGCAUACGCUAUCAUUAGCAAGUUCAGGCUGAAAGUUACGUCUUUAUUAAGAGAGAAGGUUUCGUAUACUCAGUCAAAAACCAUUUUUUGGCAAAGAUAUGACUCUUUUUUAAGUUACCUUGAAUGAGAGAACAAAAAGGAGUUUCUUUUCUAAGAUUUGUUAGCUUAUUCCCGCAUUACCAAUUAAAAGCUUCAAAAGAAAGUGAAAAAAAAAAUUUAAAAAAAAACGAGGAAACCAAGGAAACAAAAGGAAAAGAUAUUAUCUUGGGCAAUCACGGAUUUAAUAAGAUUUUGAAUAAAUCAAAAAAAUAAAAAAUAAAACCUUUACGGGAAAGUUCUCAAAGAAAUUUUAAGUUACAAAUAAACACAUUAAGCUGCGUAAUUAAAAAACAUUACACGUGUAUUUGUGAAGUACAAAAUAUUCUUUAUACAAAAAAAUUUGCAUUUUCCCUGAGCAAUGCUCGAAGUAGCUUUUAAAGCCCUUCUAACUUUUAAUUUCAAAGCUAAGAGCACAGAUGACAAAAAGCAAGCGCGGGAAAAUUGUGUAAGCCAGCUAAACCGGAUAGCGACCAUGUUUUUUUUUAUGACCGGCUGAAUACCUAUCUCUCACACAGAUUGAAUGGCGCGGCAGACUAAGUGUUAUGCGAUCUAUUAUAAAUUUUAAAAUGACUAAAACUGUUCUGAUCGACAGUGUGACUUGGUUUUAUCGUCUAAGUUUAUUAUAUAACUCGCCACCGUAGAGAGAUUGUAAAGCUGGUGCAAGGAAUGACGAUGGGCUAACGCUCGAAACGUCAGCUGUGGCAAUUCUUUCCUGUGGCCAAUUUAUUAUCAACUCAGUGGAUAAAACCAAAUCAUCUUGCAAUACUCCCGCCCUCCCCUCCCCCACCAACAUUACAGCAUCGCAGUUUCUUUAGAAAUUAAACCCCUUAACUGAUUGACAAUGUGUCUGUAUGUAGGUAGAGAGGGUUUUAACCGACAGCAGCGUUUCAAGAAAAAGCGCCGUAAACGGACCAUUUUUACUUGUGAGCAAUUGAGUCGACUGGAAUCGCAGUUUGCUGACCAGCAAUACGUUGUAGGCGCAGAAAGACAGCAGUUAGCGGAGGCGCUCAAUCUUUCAGAGACACAGGUAGGCAUGAGUUACUCUAGUGUUACAAGGAAACAUUGUAACAAUGUGUAUAGUUCAGGCCACACACAUACAAGAGAGAAAAAACUUUCGGUCAAACGGGUCUGUUAAAAGCGCACACACGUUUGUACGUGACUAACUCGAGCAUAAAAAAUUCUCAGACAUCAAAGCUCAUUAGAAUGCGUGAGUUAGUUAAUUGUCUGCCUAUUAUUUUAUUGUAAGUUCUAGGGGCUGUUUAAUGUACAUACGUAGUCUUACCACAUAAUCUUGUCGGUGAAAGUGAUUGACGUUUCGACAAUCUGACGUGGAUGAUGAAAUCUGCUCAGAUUGUCGAAACGUCACACAUUGCCAGUGACAACAGGCCUUACCGGACCGACUCGACUCACCCAGACUAUCAGACGACUCUAUCCACUGAACCUCUCAACUCGACUGUACUAUUCUAUCCACUGAACCUCUUUACGGUGGCAACUAAAUUACCUGCUAUACUCUCCCACCGACGCAGCACCACAGUUUCUUUAGAAACUUACCCCUUUAAUAUUUCGAACGCCUCUAUGGUGUAUCUUUGGUCGUGUUCUUCCUUAGAAAGUCUAACGAUAAUCCUGCCCUAGUUCUGAUGAGUUGCUUUUUUGCCAGGCAAAUAACUAAGUGUUGUUUAUCUCCAUGAUAAAACAGAUCAAAAUCUGGUUCCAGAAUCGCCGAAUCAAAUGGAGGAAGGAGAACAAGCGGCAUUUCCCGGAUUUCCUUGCCGGCUCUUUCACAGUGGCAUGCGAAACUCGAUCAGAUGAAAAAGGAUCCUGGAUUGACAAAGUUUAGGUAUAAGAGGACUCAUUCAUCUCGGAGUCUCAGAAGCAAAGACUAAUGUACAAAUGUUAAAACAAACCGUGACUUGUGAUGAAGCAGUGAUGGAAAAAGGAGCUAUAGACACUUUUAAAACUAGUUAACUUCCAGCAAAGGAAUGAUAUAGGAACAGAGCCAAGGUCUACCUUAGCUGCUUAACUUAGAUGAUUAGAACAUUAUAAACAUACCAUCGUUGGUUAAAUCAGGUGCACUUGCUGUUAGUUAAGACUAGCAUUAAUUUUAUCAACGCGAACAUUACAUAUUUUCAUAUCUUCAUAAGAUGUGUACGUUUUGUUAACUUGUUUUCAUUCAGCUUGUAAUUUAGUAUUGUAAUGGACCAUUUUACAGUCGUGUACUCAGUUGCCAAGCCUUUGAUUUGCAGUGAGGCUGAAGGUGACCUUGUUGGGAUAGAGACCAGUAUCUUGUUAGCAUGAUAAUAAUAUAAUUUACAUUUGAAUGGCCUACGUGUAGCCGC